AUGAGCACCCAGUUCAGCAAAGGACCCACAUUUGGACUCUCCGCUGAUGUCAGGAAUAAGCUGGCACAGAAGUAUGACCCUCAGACGGAGGAGGCCCUGAGGAUGUGGAUCCAUGAGGUCACAGGUCGAACGGUUCCUGACAACUUCAUGGAGGGACUGAAGGACGGCGUGAUCCUGUGCGAGCUGAUCAACAAACUGCAACCUGGAUCCGUUCCGAAGGUCAAUCAUUCAAUUCUGAACUGGCACAAGUUAGAGAACAUCACUCACUUUAUUCGAGCCAUCGGUGAAUACGGCCUGAAACCACAUGACAUCUUUGAGGCCAAUGACCUUUUCGAGGACAUGAACCACACCCAGGUCCAGUUUACCCUCGCUGCAUUGGCUGGAGUGGCGAAGACUAAAGGCUUCUACACAAAAAGUGACAUCGGUGUGAAGUAUGCAGCAAAAAAGCAAAGGAAAUUCAAUCCUGACAAGAUGAAAGCAGGGGAUAGCAUUAUCACCCAGCAGAUGGGCUCCAACAAAUUUGCCAGCCAAAAGGGCAUGACCUCCUAUGGAACCAGGCGCCAUCUCUAUGAUCCCAAUAUAGGCAUGGAGAAACCAGCGGAUCGAUCCACUAUAAACCUCCAAAUGGGCACCAACAAAUGUGCCAGCAUGGCUGGAAUGUUUGCUCUUGGCACGGCGAGACAGGUGACAGAAAAGAAUGUGAAUCUAGACCCGGUGGACACUACAACCGUGUCUCUGCAGAUGGGAACCAACAAAGUGGCAUCUCAGAGCGGCCUCACCCCGAUGGGAGGCUCACGUCUAGUGUACGACCACAAAUACUGCGCCAAGCCUAAUGAACAAGACGGCAUUGACUUUCUUAAUUAA